UGUUAUGUAAAAGAUCACUCCUUGCCUACAAGUAAGUUUUCUCCUCGAUCUAAAAAAUGUAUCUUUAUUGGAUACCCUCAUGGACACUAAUUCAAUUCGCCAUGAUGAAUCAAGAAAAUCCAUGCCUUUACAAUAUUUUGAUGAUGAUGAUCCACCAAAAGUUGAUCAACCCACCAUCAUACGACCCAAACAGGCUUGCCCAAGGAAUGUUGAUAGUGCUAACUCAAGCGUCGAUGCUUGCAAUGCUGCACAUGGAGAGGGAGACGCAAACCCAACAAUUACUAGAACUUUUGAUGCAAGCCAUGGUGAUGUGGCCAGUCCCAUUAAUUUCAAUUCAAGGCCACAACGUGAGAGAAGGAAGCCAACCUAUCUCACAGACUACAUCUUAAAUGGAGUUCAAACAAAUCCCAACACUUCUUUGACCUCAGGUACGCCGUAUUCUAUUUCUCAUUUUAUUGCAUAUGAUAAAUUUAGUCCUACUCACCGUUCUUUUCUAGCGGCCAUCUCCACUAAAGAUGAGCCAAAAUCCUUUUCUAAGGCUAUCCAAGAUCCCAAAUGGAGACAAGUGAUGAAAGCCAUAAUUGAUGCUCUCGAGAAAAAUAAUACUUGGACUUUGGAGACACUUCCUCUUGACAAAAUGCCUAUAGGUAUUGAAGUGGCUCGACAUCCCUCUGGAAUUUUCCUUUGUCAACGAAAAUAUACACUUGACAUCCUUACUGAAGUUGGAAUGCUUGGAACCAAGCCAUGCCUUUUUCCUAUGAAGCAAAAGUUGAAACUCACUCCUAGUACUGGUUCCUCUCUAUCUGAUCCUAUGCAAUAUAGGAGACUGGUUGGAAAGCUAAUAUAUUUGACUAUAACUCGGCCUGAAAUUUCAUUCGUUGUCCCUACUCUUAGUCAAUUUAUGCAAGCUCCUCGACAACCUCAUUUAGAUGUAGCAAUGUGGGUUUUGCGAUACUUGAAAUCCUCACUUGGACAAGGGAUUUUCCUUUCUUCAUCAAGUUCUUUACAACUUUCAGCCUAUUGUGAUUUUGAUUGUGCUAGUUGCCCCACAACAAGGAGAUCUACAAUUGGCUACCUCACCUUGCUCGGCAACUCACCUAUAUCGUGGAAAACCAAAAAACAAUCCACAGUCUCAAGAUCAUCAGUAGAAGCUGAAUAUAGAGCUAUGGCUUCCACUGUUAGUGAACUCCUAUGGCUCAAAGGCUUGCUCAAGACAUUAGGAGUUGAUACUUUUCAACCAAUGCAAUUGCAUUGUGAUAAUCAAGCAGCUAUUCACAUAGCCACAAAUCCAGUCUUUCAUGAACGCACAAAACACAUUAAACUUGAUUGUCAUUUUAUUCGUCAUUGGAUUCAAGUUGGUCUUAUUAAGACUUCUCAUGUUCGCUCCAACCUACAAGUGGCUGAUAUAUUUACAAAGGCAUUGGGAGGUGAUCAAUUUCAAUUUCUUCUCCGCAAGUUGGGCAUUACAGAUUUACAUGCACCAACUUGAAGGGGGGUGUUAGAGAUAUUCACUAGCGUAGAAUCUCAAUCACAGCACAAAAUCAAUCACUAGCUGUUAGCUAGCCGUUAGGCACAUUUAUUUCCUAGUUUUUCCUUAUUCAAUUUUGUACCGUUAGCCUAGGAUCUUUUGCCUUAGCUUGUCUAGCAUUGUAUAUAUAUAUAUAUGUACUUGAAUUCUUUAUAAAAAUAUAUACAAGAACAUUACUUUUCCUCACUUACAGUGUAAUGGUAACAAAGUCAGCAAUAUUCA